AAAUAUGGAAUAGGCCCUUCUCACAUAUUGAGACAGAAAUGUUUCUUCAUAAUUUGAUUGCAGAGUUAGAAGGGUGGCUUCCUGGGUGCGGUAAUGAGAAGAAAGAUCUGGUGUUCAGAUCUAGUUUUGAUCGUUUAUCAUUGAUCUAGAAACAACUUACGACGCAGUGGUCACACAACUGCGAUCCACGUGCUACCGCGCCGGCUCAGUAGCAAACUGAAGUGCACGUAACCACAAACAUUUUUCGUUCUGUUAUCUGUUUGAAACCGGCUGCAUGUGCUGUAUGAAGCAGUGAUUUUCGUACGUAGCGUAGUAGAUAGCAGGAAGAUUUUGCUUCGCUGAGAGCGAAUUGAUUUACGGCUUAAGCAAAUCUUCAAAACAAAAGUUGAGGCCCGUUGAGAAGCGUAGGCUGGGCAUCACUAUAGCUUAUUGCGCUUUACUAUUCAUGCAUUUUGGGACACGAAAAGAAAGGAGGAAAAAAACAGGUAGAAUCGAGAUGCAACUAUAGGGCUGUACGGAAAUUUCCGAAAAAUGAAUCUAUUCUACCAAGCAGGCAGAUUGCUUACGAAGGCAUCCAUCUGAACUUUGACCAGUCUCUUUUUGACCCGUGCCGCAUGCACAUCGCCUUUCUCUAGCAGCAAAAUGAAAUCGGAAGACCACGUUAACAAACUGCCAACGGAAAUGUUGUACAAGGUGUUCGACUACCUGAACUUUGAGCAACAAAUGGUAGCGAUGGGAGUUUGCCGACGAUGGCACAAAACUCUGUCCAGCGGGUACUACCUCCCCCAGCGCCGGCUUUGUCUGAACACGUACAAUCUCAACACGACCGAUAGUUCCGUGCUGCAGAGGAUGAAACAGUACAGGGCGUUCACGAUCAAGGAUUCCAACAGAGAUAAAAGUGAGUUUUUGGAACCGUUGAGGAGGUUUCUGUUCUGUCCGGAAGUAGCUGAAACAGUGGAGGAACUUCGAUUGGAGCUGUUUUGGUAUUCUUUGUCGGAUUUGUUGGGUGAGAAGGAAGUGCUGUACAUGCCAAAACUGGAGAAGAUCAGCUAUUUGUCGUCGAUUUGGGUCGAAGAUCAGGAUUUGCUACAGUGCAAAGUGGUUACUCCGAGUUUGAAAACUGUGAUCUUGGAAGAUUCGAAAAAAUCCGUUAAUCCGUUGAUACACAUACUGAACGAUCAGAUAGAGACGCUGAGUGUAAGGUUCAUCAACAAGAUGCUGCUGUUUGCAACGAUCGGCUAUCUUCCUUUUACGAAUCUCACCAGUUUGACCCUGAUGGCUCAGCAGGGAAGUCUCCUAUUCCGGGAGGCUGAUUUUCACGCGUCUCAUUUGCAGAUCUUCGGACAGUUAACCUAUCUGAAAAUCAGUGAUGAAAAGAAUGUGUUCUUUAUGGUUUACAGACUGAUCUUCCGUGAAGCAAAGAACUUGGAAACACUGAUCAUCAAUGGAAGAAGGAUGACUGAAGAUGCUUUCAACCUAAUUGAUCGGAUGAAAAAACUACGUGAGCUAUGUUUGAUGGUAGAGAUUAUAAAGUGUCAAUCUCCUGUGAGGCUUUCUCUCCCAUUGUUGAAAAUGUUGACGACCUACGCAGGGUCCAUCGUGCCACUUGGAAGCGUUCCCAACCUGAAGAACAUUUCCGUUCGGAACUACAAACAUCCUUGGGAGCCUUACCGACUUACCGAAGAGGCCAUCAAUUGUGGCAUAUUUGUUCCACAUCUUCAAACUUUGAAACUGAGCAAAGUGGUUUUGGAUUCUAUCUUUGUAAAACACAUUUGUACGAUGACAGGGUUGAAAAUCCUAGAAAUGAUGCAAGUGAGGAUGGAAGUCAAACAUCUACGAAAGAUGUUCAAUGCAUUGAAGGAUUUGCAGCGCAUCCGGCUAGAGUGGUGCUAUUUGAACGAGAUAGUCACAUCCCGGGACGACAUUGCCAACAGAGACAGAAGCACAACGGACGAAGAUGGCAAUGAUAACGAUAAUGACGAUGCAGAAAAGGAUGACGAAGAGGAGGACUGCAAACCGGACUGUGUGCAGAUGUUACAGGUACAGUUUCCCGACAGAAGGAUAACGAAUCUGCACAAUCGUGUGGUACGACACGUGACCCGGUCACAGUCGAUGCAUCACGGGGUGAUGUUGCCACAGUAUUGGAGGCCAUAUUAGAUAGUAUUGUUUUGUAUAGAAUGUACAUAGUGAAUCUUUGAAUUUAUUUGAUAAAAAAUUUUCUAUAUAAAUAAAGCAAACCUUUUUCAAUAACACUUAAUCACAAUC